AUGGCAUCACCACCCAAACCUUGGGAGCGGGGCACAGCAGCAGCAGCCCCAGCAGCGACCAUCCCUACUUCGUCACCAUCAACUUUGAUGGGCUCAUCUUCUCCAGAACUACCUUCAGUGCCUGCACGCCCCCCGGCUCUCUCCAACCCAGCCGCAUCUACCCUUGCACCCUACAAUUCUUUACAACAAUCAUAUAACACCCCAUAUUCACCGUACUCGCGCUUCGGGUCCACAUACUCCUCACCAUAUAGCUCAAGUAUGUACGGUGGCUAUGGCGGAAUGGGCGGGGGUUAUGGUACUGGGUACGGCGGCGGGUACGGCGGAUAUGGUAUGAAUGGCAUGAAUAGCAUGUACGGCGCCAUGCCCGGAAUGCCAGGAAUGGGUGGAAUGGGCAUGUACCCUGGCAUGGAUCCCAACAACCCUUCCCUUACGCAGACCCUCGAAUCCACAACCCAACACACUUUUUCCCUCCUUCACUCUAUCGUCCAGACCUUCUCGGGCGUAUCACAAAUGCUCGAGUCCACAUUCAUGGCGACGCACAGCUCAUUUUUCGCAAUGGUCGGCGUCAUCGAGCAGUUCAGUCAUCUCCGCAAUGCCCUGGGCAGUGUAUUAGGCCUCUUUGGUCUUUUACGAUGGAUGAAGGAGCUCAUUACGGGGCGCCCGAGUUAUCCGAGCUCUAUACAGGGCGAAUUCAGAGAAUUCAUUAGCGGUAAACCCGUUCAGGGCCCAAUGGGCCCUCCUCCUGUCAAGCCCAGCCGAAAACCCAUCAUCAUAUUCUUGCUCGCCAUUUUCGGCGUUCCGUACGCCAUGACGAAGCUCAUCAAAAUCCUCAAUGAGCGCGCUAUGCAGCAGCAGCAGGCUCAAAUUGGUCCUGGUGGUCCGCUGGGUCCCCUUGAUCCGUCGACGCUUACUUUUGCACGCGCACUAUAUCCAUUCACACCUUCAUCUCCAUCCGAGCUUGCACUCAAGGAGAAUGAAAUUGUCGCUAUUAUGGGCAAACUAGAUCCCAGCACCGGUGUGGAGGUAGACCCGCGGUUAGAGGUUGAGAGUGAGUGGUGGAAAGGACGGACGCGCGAGGGCCGCGAAGGCUGGUUCCCAAAGAAGUGGGUUGAGGUCCUCGAGCGGAGAAAACCCGUCGAAGAGGACAAGAAGGUGGUUUGA